GACUGCCAAUGAAUCACUGUAUAUAUGCUCGAAAACAUUGGUCGUAUUUUCAGUUUUUAUAAUCAAGAAACUGCAAAAGAAACCUUUUUCUUAUACCAGGGUCGCCAACGAGCACCGGGGCGAAUGGUGAAAAUGUUGUUAGAUGGUACCAAGAAAUACAACAAGAAGUCAAAAGGAAAUAAACGAAAAAGGGCAAAGAACAAAGGGAAGCGGAAGAAGAAGGGGAAUAAUUCCGGAAAGAAGGAUAAAGAAAAGAGAAAAGUGACACCGAAAACAACAGAAACAAGGUAAAAAGUUACUUGGGCAUGGCUACGAUAAUUUUUAUAUUCAUAAGUUUAUGGUACUUGGCGAAAGCAAUUUCUUUCAGUACAAACAGAAGGUACCACUGAUAGUAUCUGGUAGUGGCAUGUUUGGGAAGGACCAUGUGAAGAUGAAAAUGGUCCGGACUGGUGUCACUGGUCUUUUAUACAGAACGUUGAAAAGAAGAGAGAGGACUGGUGACUUACUCGUUGUGGACAUUGAUGAAUAUUUGACGUCCUAAAUAUGCUCCAAAUGUGAAAGUAGAACUUUGGGUGGUUUAAGUGGUGCCCGCGGUAAUAGUGUUCUCGUUUGCAAGACGUGCAGAACAUUAUGGCAGCGUGACAUCAACGCUAGUUUGAAUACGAUGAACAUUGCCAAGUCAAUUUGGAAGGGUGAAGGCUAUCCAGAACGAUUCAAGAGAAA